UGUACUGCUACUACUACUACUACUACUACUACGGUAGAUCGUAGCACCCGCCCUAUGGAUUGGCAUUGCGAUGAGAAGCUCGUCUCAAGGGCUAAUCCACAACGCUAUUGACAUCAUCUCACCAACGGAUCAUUUUUCACUUACUUCAGGUGAAAGGACUAACAUUCUCUCGAUACAUAAAGGGAGAAGAGGAGAAACUGAGUCAUACACUCAUAACUUCUAGCAAUCAAGUGGAGCUAGCAGAGCUGUGACUGGCUCAGGUCAGGAAUGGUGGAUAACUUGCCGGUAGGAGAGGAGACCUUCCUGUAUUACGCCAGCUUUCCCUCAGAACAUCACGAAUCGGACAUGGUGAUAGACACAGGUGUCUACCAGGCGGUGCCCUCCCCGUUCUCAGAGGACGACCUGAGUGACUCAUCCAGCCCUUGCUCCUGCUCCAGCCCUGAGUCCCAGGUGCUGGGUUCCAGCUACGGCAGCAGCAGCUCCAGUGGAGAGAGCCAGGAUGGUCUCCUCGACUUCCUGCUCUCCCAGGCCACCCUUGGAAGUGGAGUUACUCCCACUCUAUCUCCCUCAGUACCACCCAUCCUCCCCAGGGGUCUAGCAUGGGAGUCGAAGACGGACCGCCUGUUUCAGCCAACCAAAGAAGAGUGCUUUGAGUUCCCUGUGUUCCCAGUGGACCUGGAGGAUCAUGUGGGGCUGCUGUUUCAGCCCACCCUGGAGGAGAUAGAGGAGUUCCUGGAGGAGAAUAUGGAGGUGGUAACGUUGAAGAAGGAGGCUAGUGAGGGAGGGAUGUUGGAUGUAGACAGUCAGGUGGCAGGGUUAGAACCUGGACUAGAACAGUCAGUACCUGUUGCCAGGGCUACUGUCCCCACCACAGUGACCAAAUACACAGCAACAUCCACAAUAACACAUUCCAACGGUUGUAGUGGGAUUAAACAGGAGGAACCUGCUGAAACACCAGCCUCAGGGGAGGGGUCUGGCUUGACGCCUGUCAUCUUGCAGAUUCAACCAAUCCAGAUUAAGCAAGAGCCCAGCCCAGGUGUGAUACCAACACCAGUACCACCGCAGUCCACCCUGCCCUCCUCAGACAUAAAAAUCGCCCAGCUCCUGGUCAACAUCCAGGGCCAGACGUUUGCCCUGGUGCCCCAGCUGGUGUCUCCAGCUAAUCUCAAUGGUACGUCUUCCAAAUUUGUGCGCAUCGCGCCCGUACCCAUCGCCGCCAAGCCCCUGGGUCUCAGGGAGGGUGGGCUUGCAGGUGGCCAGGCUGCAGGGAUCCUGGUGGGAGGACAGAAGUUCCAGAAGAGCUCGGUUACGGACCUUAUAAAAAUGCAUAAGUGCACUUUCCCUGGCUGUGCCAAGAUGUACACCAAGAGCAGCCACCUGAAGGCCCACCUGAGGAGGCACACGGGGGAAAAGCCCUUCGCCUGCACCUGGCCUGGCUGUGGAUGGAGGUUUUCGAGGUCAGAUGAACUCUCCAGACACCGGCGCUCUCACUCUGGAGUGAAGCCUUAUCAGUGUCCCAUCUGCGAGAAGAAGUUUGCCCGCAGCGAUCAUCUGUCCAAACACAUCAAAGUCCACCGCUUUCCAAGAAACAGCAGGACAGUGCGAUCCGCAAACUGAGCACAUUGACCUCCAGGUCCUGCUAGGCUGAGGCCACGCCACAGGACACAUGGAGAGACAGAGAGAGAAUGUUUGUGAGAGAGAGAGUGAAUGAAUGUGGGAGAUUGCUAAUAGCAGAGGGGACAGUGGGACAGACAGAAUGAAUGUGGGAGAUUGCUAAUAGCAGAGGGGACAGUGGGACGGACAGAAUUAAUGUGGGAGAUUGCUAAUAGCAGAGGGGACAGUGGGACAGACAGAAUGAAUGUGGGAGAUUGCUAAUAGCAGAGGGGACAGUGGGACAGA